GAAAGUGAUGGGCGCCUCGUCAGAAAGGGAGGUGGGACCUUGGCUCACGCGAUAUAAUUCGAAAUUAUAUUUCAUUUCGCCGAGACCAAUCAAGACCCGUAACAAUCUCAUUGUUGCCGCGUGGAUGCAACAAUAACGUCGGGGCCAGCGUGUCGGCUUAAAGGGCGAAGCGGCAGGUAUGUUUCUGUAGCAACCGGGACAUAUUAAUUGCGCCGAGUUGCGAGACCCUUGUACAAUUAACUGCCAAUUCUUGUUUAAGCAUCGUAACGUUUGCAAGCAAGAAUCUUCUAACGCGUUUGUUCGGGAUCGUUAUCUCCCCGGAAUCGCCGAGAUAGAGUCUCGUCCAUGUUUAUAGCGAGCGUCUUCCGGCUGCCGCUUUCGCAACAGGUUUCAAGAUACUCGGCGCCGUUAACGUUAGCUUUCCAGCACGAAUUUCCGACGCGGUUGUUCCUACCAUCGUUUUAACGUAUGCUGCAUCGUAACAAACAGGAUAUCUUCUGACACAAAUAUUUGUCAAGCCCGAUAAAUGGAUUUUGCUAAAAGGUGACGGGCCUUUUUUUUUUAAAUUUAAAUUUAAAUUAAAAUAAAUAAAUUCUUUAUAAACGCGUCCGUUCUUAUCAACAAAGAUAUUUUGAAUGUGCGAGAUCGCAAGAUGCAAGGGCCUUAAACCCUUCCUGUUUAGCUUUGCAACAGACUGGAGUUCGCGCAAUAAAUCAUCAGUAAUUCCGCUCUCGCUUGCAACAUGGAAUGCCUAAGUUAUUCGCCGUAUCAUCCCGUUUGUCUCGCGCUGCUUGUCUCACCAACUUUCCACGAAAGAUUAACUUUCCCAUAUUGAUCACACACAGUAGACUGCAUGACACGUACGGAAUAUACGAUUACCGAUCCCGCAUAAGGUUUUAAAACGGUUAAUAAAAUGAAGCUGUUUCUCUCGCGUAUUACGUCUAAAUUGGCGUGGCGAAACGUAGGUAAUAAAUAUUUUCUAGCCGACUGUGAUUUGUAUUAUUCGUAUUACGAGUAUAUUAAAUUAUUGAAAAAAAAAAAAUCGCAGAGAAUGUAACGCGGAGAAUGUAUUUUUCGAAUAAAAAUAUCUCAAAAGCUGUAUUUCAAAAGUAAAAAGUACGUAAGUAUACUUCUUCAUAUAUCUAUAUAUCUUUAUUUAUUCAUUAUUGCAUCAUUUUCGAAUGAAAAUAUCUCAAAAUCUCUAUGGCGUCCCAUUUUCAUAAUACACAAGUAAUCAAAAAUUUAAACUAAUUAUAAUUUGAAAAUUAAUUAAUACGUACUCGUUCAUAAGCUUAUUAUUAUUAAAGAUUGCGUAUACCCGUAAUCUUUAUUUAACCAUGAGCUAUGAAAAUAUGUAUUAAUUAAUUUUCGAGUUAUAUUUAACUUAACUUUUUGAUUAACCAUACAUUGUGAAAACGAGCCUAACAAAAGUAUAUAUAUUUGUAUUAUAUACUAGAAGUGUAUUUCUUCAUAUCUUUAUUUUUUCAUAUUUCCUUCAUUAUCUACAAUUGUUGUUAUAUCGACAAUUUUCCUUCAUUUUAUUACCCCUUACAAAGUUUAUUUCAGAGGCAAAAAGUGUGUAAUUGUAAGUAUAAUUUCUUCAUAUUUGCAUACCUUCAUUUCUUCAUUAUUUAUAAUUAGUUGUUCUUCACUGAUAGAAAAAUAUAUUUACGACUAUAAUUGCAUAGUAAAAUAAUUAUAGUUAGAAAUAUCAUUUUUAUAGUAAUUAUCAAUAUAUUAUUGAUAAUAAUAAGUAUAAUUUACAUUGUUGAAUAACUAUCAAAUAUGGUUGGAUCCCCAAUGGACCAUAAAUUUAUAAUUGGUUUAAACUAUAUUAUAGUUCUCAUAACCAUAAUAUUAUGCAACUUAUGAUAUGGUUGCUAUAACCAAAAUGAAGAUUUUUAUACAGUUUUAGUUGUACCAUAAAAUGAUCAUUAUAAGCAUUUACCAUAAAUAUAUAGUUAUUAUUACCAAUAUUAUAGUAAUAAUUACUAUAAAAAGGAUAUUCCUAACUAUAAUUAUUUGACUAUGCAAUUAUAGUCGUAAAUAUCAUAUAUUUUUAUAUCAGUGUUUGUUUUCGUUUUACCGCCUGAAUAAAAAAUUAAUAGUGACAAACGCAAUAAUAAGUGGAUAGACGAAUAAACGUAGGUGGAUGGGUGAUCCGGCAAGGACGUUUGAUCCGUGGGCGAUCUCCAUCUCCUCGCAGUCCAUUCUCGUUCUCUUAACGGGAAUUACACGCCGUGCACGGUAACUGAAAUGGGCCGCUUUAACCUGCGGCCGUCGACGAAAAAGUCCCUCCCUCUUACCGAUUCUUACUCGCGCGCUCGCGCUCGGCCAAUUCACAUCGAUUUCGCUUUAGUCGUUGUUUACUGUCGUCGCGAGUUCAGCUACUGGCCGCCUCACUCGCCACUCGGACGAAUCCGGCCGGGAAGGGAGGAAGAGAAGUGGGUCCGUCGGCGUAGGGAAGAAUCGACUGAGAGUUUAAUUAAUGACGAGUGGGUCUCCAAAUAUCGAAGGAAAGGUACCUAGUGAAAAUCAACGAAAACGGAAGAUUGAAAAGAGGAAGAAGGAAAGAACAGAAUUUUCCUCUACAAAAGGGACUAUUUGGUUUUGUGGUGAGAUUCACACGUGCACCUUUCUUCUGCUGGUUGGAACGCAGGGACGACAACUCAGCGGUAACAAGAGGAAAGGAAAAUAACAGCUUGCCCGGGCGUUAAUCACACGUCGAACGAAGAGGAGGAAGACAAAUAUUCUUCCGCUCUUGCCUUUUGUACACCUACGGGAGAUAGAAAAGAAAUACGCGACUGGUGAAGGGCCUUUUCAUUUGGCGCGCUUUUAAUUAUAAAGAUCAUCAGGUGAAAAUCGGGAGAGAGAAAGAGAGAGAGAGUGCUUUCGUUAGGGAGAACACGAGAAAGAAGAGAAGAGUCGCUGAGUUUUGUGCUUUUACUCGUGGAAGUCGUUGUCAGCGCGUCGAGCGAAGAGGACAAGGUGUCUUUGGGUUUCUCGGCGAUCCAAGUGUACCGAGGUACAUAUAAGUACGCAGCGAAAAGUUUUUAGCUUUCUCGUGUCGCCGAAUAAAAAGAACGGCGUACACAGAAAAUCCGGAGCCUCCGCUAUUGCGGGACGAGGGAGAAAAAUCCGCCCGCGUCCGUUGUUCCCGAUCGCGAAAAGUGUCGCUCGGCGAGUGACAAGUGGGAUAAGUUGCGAAAAAGGAGUUCGCGAGGAGAAGGGGAAAGGGGAAGGGACCGGGUUAAGUGUAAAAAAUCGACGGGGGCGGCGAGCGUGAAGGGAAACCGGCGCACGAGGGAGGAGAUGCUGCAGGUAGUUUUCUGCAGUUUCGAAAGGGAGGGUAGAGACGAGGAGGAGGACGAGGGAACCUGCGGCGUCGCCAGUUGUAGCGGUUGUUGAAAAAGGGACAGUGGCGGGCAAGAAGAGCCGAGCGGAGGGCAAUUCUCUCUUUUCGUGAGCGCGAUCAGAUAGAGCGCGGGAUAAGAUUAAACGGAGGGAGGGUGGACCAAGGAGAGAGAGAGAGAGAGAGAGGGAGAGAAGAAUCACUCUCUUGGGAAUAAGUGUGCACGGGGAGGAAGACGAGGCGGCGCGAGAGGCCAAGGCGAAGAAACGGCCAAGUUUCGUAACGGCGGAGCGAUUGAAGAAAUAGCAAUUAGAUGCAACGAGGGCGAUGAUCGGAUAAGAAAUGAAGAAAUUCGCGGUGAACUUUGGAAUUAGCAUUCUACCUUCCUCGUCCUUGGUCCUCCUGGGCCUGCUGGCCGCGGCAGUUUCGAGAGGAUCGACCGAGCUCGUCGUCGGGGCCGAGAGGUACCACGCCGGCGGCGGCACGCCGAUGCACGCCGUGCAGCUAACGCAAAAGGGCUACAUUCAGGUGAGAAUAGGGCGCGGUGUAAUUCGGGGGAUGGUUCGGAUUUUCUGUUUAAUUUACAUUGAGAGAGCCCGCGGCGCAUAAUAAUCCUUCGCGCUUAAUCCUUUUCUGCGAUUCAAACUAUUUCUCGCAAAUGAUAAUUAGUAAGUGGAUUAAGAUAAUUAUUUCGAUAAUUAGUACAAAGAUUGAGAUAAUUUCAAGAUAAUCAUCAUUUCGCCUGUAAUUUCAUUUAAUCGGAUGGUGUAACGUGGAUCAAAGGAUUUUUAUUACUCGGAGAAAUUUGUGGAAGUCUCCCGAAGAUAAUUCGCGUACAAAUUUGAAAAAUAAAAGGCUAUGAUAGGCUAAGUACCUAAUUCGACAUGGAACUACGAAGAGUGAACAAAUUAUUUAGUAAUUUAUUUAGUAUGAGGAGAAAGCAUAGUGAAAUGAAGUAAAGUAGAAGUUUCAGGUGCCAUAGCAUUACGAUCAGUGACCGUUAAGUUAUUAAUGUGCAAUGAUUUAUGUAAUUUCACAUUGUUGAAAGCUACUAAAAAUUCAUACAGAAUAUAAGCAUAAUUCGUAAAUAAAGUCAUACAUUUAAUUUUAAGCGUACCGGAUGUCUUUCUUACACUGUUAAAUGUUAAAAGAGAUCAAGGGAAUUUAAGUGAAUUAAAUAACUUUCUUAUCUUUAACUUCAAUAUAUACAUGCCGGAAUAUAUUAUUUUAACGCAUGUAAUUAGAAAAACAACUACGUCUAAUUAACCGAUUUUUGUAAUUAAAUUCUUCAGUUAAAAAAAGUAGUGUUUAUUUUAAUGUAUGUAUCUAGUAAAUAAUAAAUUAAAUUUCAAUCAAAUUCAAUACAGUUUCUAAGUGAAAUUGCUUAACUCCACUGUUUUAAUUAAAUAAAUAACAUAAUCGGUAGGUGCGAUGGCAACAUAGGAAUUAUUUAAAAAAUGAUCUAAUUACUGACUACAAAUUGACAUUAUGAACUUAACAUUGUAUCAUAUGCUUAAUUAUUCAAGCGUGUAGUUAGUACCAUAAAGACUUUUUAUGUUCGUGCAGUUGCACAGCUUCUAUAGGAAUUCUUGUAAUUUUACUGAAACGUUCGCGUAAGUGAUUAGUCAAAUUGGCUGCAGGGAGAUUGCGCAGCAAAACAUUCCGUAAUACCCUGCAUCUAGAUAUAUCGGGCGGUGAAAAGCUGAACAAAACAGUGGGAACAAAUAAAUGAUAAAUCGCUAUGUCGGAUAUAAAAGAUACAUAUGCUCUAACGAAGCGUGGAAACUCGCGUGAUUUCUAUCGAUUACGUGAGCGAAAGGGCAGUUUCCGUAACACGUUGAGAAUAAAAAAAAAAAAAAGAGUCGAUUUCACGCUGAUUGCCUAAUUUUCGUCGUUCACUCCAAGUAACGUCGGUCGUGGUCUACAUACCCAUUUCUACAUGUACAACGUGUCCCAGAUUUCCUGCGCUUUCUUUUACCUGUAGAAAUUCAUUGACUAACUCGGAAUAAAUUUUUUCCUCAUUGAAAGUUCUCUUCCAUAAAUUUCUUCCAUAAACUUCCGAUUUUAAUUACGUUUUGUAAAAGUAAAAAGAGAAACUCAAAAAUUCCAAUUUUUAAUUAAAAUAAAAUCGACGGAAAAUUCAAAAGAUAUUUUAAAUUCAGAGAGAUAUUUAUAAUUUUUCAGAGAUUUAGUAGAAAUAUUUGGAAGUGUCUCUUGAGAGAGAAAUUCAACUUUGAUCAAAAAACUAUCGUCCUAAUUAACGAUCGAUGCAUGUAUGUACAUAUGCUGUUGGUCUAAUUGCCUUCGCUUUUCAGUUUCUCAGAUGGGAAUUGCCGGUGCCGGAAAUUCACGAAUUCACAUUCUGCCUUUGGGUGAAGUCGACCGAUCUCACGUAUCCCCACUCGAUCCUCUCGUACUCAAGGAACGAGCGGGAACGUUUGAUUCGAUCUUGGAUAUCGUCGCGCGGAAGAAGCAUUCACCUGGAAAUCGGCGGGGUGGAGGUGCUCCGGCAGUCGGUUCGCAUACGCGAGCAUCGCUGGUAUCACGUAUGUCAAAGCUGGGAGAACCGGGUCGCUCGUUACGCCCUAUGGCUCGACGGACGUUUGGCAUCGCAAGGUCGCUCCGAGGAGAUGACCGGCCACGUGAUCCCGGGGGGCGGCGACAUCGUCCUGGGCCAGGAGUAUACGGACUUCGACAAGGGGCUGGAGGAGGGUAUCGAGGGCUCGGUUUUGGGCUUCAAUCUUCUGCUGGCCUCGUCGUUCGGUUCCCUCGACAAUAGCGGCCCGCCUCAUCAACGGCCGCCAUUCCCCUGGACCGGUGGCGUCAACGAUCUGGCCGACGAGGUGAUUCCCGUCGUCGAGGGGACCCGGACGAAGCGCGAUUCGGAUCUCGGAGCGGCGCGGGCGCGUGUCCUCGACAAGCUCGUUUCGAUCCUGUUCGCGCUCCGCCCUAAUUGGUCCCGCGGAACUUCUCCAACGGACGGGACGGCGGCGGAGGCCUCGGCGGGGGACACCUCCGCAACCACCGCGACAGCCCCGCUGAAUAUUACCGAUGGCGCGGAGGGGGAAGGGACCCCGUCGGUCCGCAGGCACGCGAUCGCACUCGACGGCACCGACGACGACCGGGCCGGCGAAAUCGAGCCGCUCGGGAAAUCGUCGGGCGUCCCCUUAGGUUUGCAAUUAGUGAAAUUGUCCUACGUCCGCUGCCAGCUGGGCAGAGGUAGCCCGCCCAUAGGCGGCCCGCUGAUGUUGAUUUCCUGGAGCAGGACGCCCGUCAGAGUGUUCGGCGGCGCCAUUAUAAAGAACGUUGGCAACGAGUGCGGCAAAUUCUGAGAGAGAGAGAGAGACUCGGGCCAAUAAAGUGGCAAGCGUGCAAGUGAAGAUUGCGGAAAAAUAGUGCCGAGUCAGAGAGACGAGAGAGCCUUAGAAAAUUAAGAAUUGCAAUUUAGCAAUUAAGUUGGAAAUUGAUUUUCCUUUCCUUUUUUAAAUUCUCUGACUGAAGAGAAGAUUUAUCUAGCUUCUUUAAAGAAGUGUAUUCGUGAUGUAAAAUCACAUUAUUUAAAUGUAUUUAUAAGAAUUUCCGAUUUGACACAAUAUUUCUACUCUCUUUCUCGUUUUCAAUAAGCUAAAUAUUGUUUUUUUUUUAUUUUACAAAAGUACAAAGAAACAUGUUCUCGUUUACGGAGAAAGUUUUCUUUUAGAAUUUACCUUCAAAAUCACGAUGAUGGGACAACGGGAACUUUGAAGAAGAAUUUCAUUUCAAUUAAAAGUUUUAUUAAAAAAAUAAAAUUUUAUCGUAAAAUUCUUCAAAAUCCACGAUACGACUCGGAGGAUAAAUUCUGAGGUAAAAUUCACACCGCACAUCUUCAAUUGCAUCUGCUUCAAAGGAAUCAAUUUCAGAUUCUUCACUCCGUGAAAAACUGAUUGCCAUUGAGACGCUAAACUCGUUGGGGAUGCGUCUCGUUCUUUCAUUUUACUCAAAAGCUUCCGCUCGCGCUAUUCGAUCAGUGCCAUCGCAACGAGCUAACUAGACAAUAAGCGCAAGCGUUAAUCGAUAGUUUCGGCUGUAUUUAACGGAUAAAACUAAUUUCCAUCGCGACAUUCGACUACACCACGUAAUAACUCUUGCAGUUGCGCGAGUUCGGAGAGUUUCAGCCCGCACGCUUAAGGUCGCACGCGAAUCUCCGCCCCCCUCCCCCGCCCCCGUAAUCGACGAUCUCGUUUCGCGUAUCGAUCCACGUCGCGCGUUAAUUAGUUUCGCAGAAUUCCCUUGAACGCAAUUGCGACCGCGGAGGAGGGAAAUGUCCCGCGAAAACCGCUACUCCGGCCUGGCGAAAUUGUUGAACGUCAAUGGCGUAGCUAUCACGUUGCGUGGCAAGGAGCAAAUGACUCGUGAGACUUCGAAGAUAUGGGAUGAGACUUGCGUGACACGCUUCUCUUCUUUAUUUUCACGUAGAAGAGGAAAAAGAUAGUCAGACGGACCGAAUGCAAGUGGCAUUUGAAUGUCUUAAUAGUUGUAGAAGCAGUAAAAUUUGCAUAAAGUUCUCAUUGCGACUUAUCUCGGCGUUAAGAUAUCACGUAGUUACAGCAUAAAGCGUUAACAUUCGACUAUAUAAAUUCAACGUGACUUUCUUAUAAAAAACCGAGCUAUCUUUUUGCACAUUUGCCUUAUUAUUAUUGCAUAGAACAUAUUUAAAGGUCGUUUUGAAGUAUCAUCACAAAUGUAAAAAUUUUAUAGAAUAUAGAUUAUUCUAUAAUCCUAUUAUCAUUAAGCACUAUUCUCUUAUCGGUUUGUAAAAAUACAAAUGUAAAAAUUAUUUAACUUCUUGUUCGCUCUUGAUUCUUAUCUCAGUAAAAUAGCGUUAUAUAUUUAUUACAGCUUUGACGACAAAAUUUUACAAGUUGAAUUAAAUUUUUUAUACACGCUAAUAAAACUGUAAUAAAUAUUCGUGCAAAAGUUUACUUGGAUCCAUCUACUUGUUUAAAAGUUGUUUAUCGAAAAGGUCACUUUUACUGUGCCAAUCAAAUUUUUUAUUAUUUUUCUUCUCUGCAGUUGGUUUCCGGAUAAAAAUUCACGACCAAAAUUUUGUGUUAUUAAUAGAAAAAAAUAAUGAGCCUAAGAGCCUGCAGUCUUUAAAUCUCGAAAACUUUUAAUUGAUAUUGUAAAGCUAAAACAUCCUUAAAUAGCAAUCUCCUGGUUAUCAUAUGUAAUUUUGACUCUUUCAUUUUCAAAUAAAGCAAAUAAAUAUA